ACGCAUGCGCUAAGGUUACCAUGCAAUGGAUGUAGUAAAGUCAAAUGGAGAAAAAUCAUCCGAAAACUAACUACUUUUAUCCGUGAAAAAGCCUCAAGGUUACCCUGGUUCUAUAUCUUUAGAGACCGGGAUGACCUGAUGUUAUUAACAUAAUGGCAACUCCAGCUAUUCGGAUGUUUCGGAAAAUAGAGGGUUUGUUUUGUGUUUACAAACCCGCUGGUGUCCACUGGAAACUAGUACGUGGUAGCAUCGAGACAAGUCUUCUAAAAGCAUUGAAUGCUACACCGUCCCAGCCACUUCCUACGGAGGUGCGCUUCUUGGCACUCCCAGUCAGUGAGGCUGAAGCACCCAAAGGACUCACCCUGUCUGCAGCCUCUAUGCCAGUACUGUCCAAGCAUCCUCUGGUGACUGGACCUGAAUUUCAGAAUAUAAAAGUUGGAGUAGGACAUCGCCUGGAUGCAUCCUCUUCUGGCGUUCUGGUUCUUGCGGUUGGUAAUGGAAACAAGGUCCUGAAUAAUCUCUACAAUACACGAGUCACAAGGGAUUACACGUUGGAGGGGGAAUUUGGGACUGCAACAGAUGAUUUCUCUCACACAGGCAGGAUUGUGGAAAGAUCAACAUACGGUCACAUCACAAAGGAUAAGCUGGAAAGAGUCUUGGCGAUGCUGCAGGGAGCCAAUCAAAAGGCCUUGUUAUUGUAUUCAAACGUAGACAUGCGUUCGCAGGAAGCCUAUGAGAUGGCUGUGCGAGGUUUACUUGGUCCAGAUGGGAAAUCGCUGCCUAUUCUGACAGGCUUACGCUGCAUUCACUUCGAGCCCCCCAACUUCACUUUAGAGGUGCAGUGUAUUAAUGAAACUCAGAAAUAUUUGCGCAAAGUUGUGCAUGAGAUAGGACUGGAGCUGCGCAGCACAGCAGUGUGUAGGGGAGUUAGGCGGACCAGAGACGGCCCCUUCACCCUGCAGGAUGCGCUGACCCGGGACCACUGGGCGGCUUCUGAUGUUAUACAGGCCAUCGGGAAAAAACGCUCCUCUAAAAAAAAAUCUAAAACACAGACCAAGGACUCGCCGUUGCAACCAUCAGAAGAGACUACGACAGUCAACCAAGUGAAACCAGUGAGGGAGCAACAGUAGAAGACUGCAAAUAACCUGUUGCUGUGAGCAGCAGGUUAUACAAGUCAAAGAACUGCUCCACUGUGACUCUUUGAGCCUGGCCUUCAGUAGGAAAGAUAUAUGAAAGACCCCAGAUCCUGGUUCCUAAAAGAAGUAGUAAAUUGGACAUAAUAACUCAUUACACUAUGCUUUUGUUUAACAUUCAAAAGUCCAUCCAUCUACAGACACACUUGCUGGAUCUCAAAUAUGAACAGUCCAAUGUUUUCACCAUUGUUAAGUGUAAGUUAUUCCCAAAUAAUUUGCUUUAUUUUUGUCAU